AUGCCAGCUAGCAUCACUUUCCUUCCUGUCAGAUUGCCGCCGCCGCCUACCACGCAGAGACGCACUCAUACCCCCCUCCCCGGGCCUGCGGCGCAGAUGAACAUCGACGCUGCAUAUGCACCUCAUAGUAUCCUGCCCAACCCUGCCCUUCCCUACCAUCGACACAGCCUAGGCUCCCCGUGCCCAGAGCCCAGAGGCAUCUGGUAUCGCCUUACGAUGAACACCCUCCCCAGGGGCCAGGGCACAGGAAACCAACAAGAAACCGUCCACUUGCGGCCUGUUGCGUGGCCCUGCCUCCUCUUCUGGACAUUCGUCCGGACACGCCCGCCUCGCUGA